AUGGAUCCUGAUCGCACCUCCAUGUUAGAUAGCACAGGUGUUACGCCCAUCGUCAUUAAGCGUGAAGGAUCACCAGAUGGAUUCUUAAUGCGGGAUGGGACUCCCAGCGCCAAAACCCCAGCUCACACGACAAUCUGGGUGUCGUCUAUAACCGUUCCCGGGACGUCAGUACACAUCAACCGCGUCCCCAACUGUUCGGUCCCUGCAUCCCAGGACAAGGCCAACAACUACAGACACAAAGUGCCGGCCCAUCUGCGGGGGAGCGGGCCCAACACGCACUACAUCUCGCUCGCGACUCUACGCUCUCUGAUGCACGACAUGAGCGGCGAGGGCUGGUUCAACUCGGGCAAGAUCAGGUUUGUGAUGAUCGAGUGGCAUCUCAACGGCCAGAGCCAGCCGCCCGCCUUCAAGACGCGGCACAUGGUGGUUGCCGACGCCGAUGUUGACGGCGGCAUGAUCUCCUUCGCCCAGGGCCUGGACUGGGCGUGGAAGCUCGUCGAGCACGUGAACGGGUUCAACCGGGUCCAGGAGGAGGCCGCGAUCGCUGCUGCCAAGCAGGAGCUGGAGGACGCCGCGGAGCGCAAGAGGCAGCGGCUAGUACAUAUGCAGAACGCCUGCUGCGCGCUGAUGAAGGGCCGUCUGUGGUGUCGGGACGACGAGGCUCUGGCAAAGAGCCCUUGCGGCCGUUCGGCGAUGAACAACAACAACAACACUAAUAAUGGUAAUUAUAAUGUCCAUACAUUUGCUCAGCGGCGGCGGCAGCAGCAGGCGGCGCUGCGUAGGCGUGGAGGGGUCGCACGCCGGUGUGGCGGCGGCGGCGACGGCUGGCACGAGCGACAGGACGAAAAGGAGCGGCGGGCCAUGGCGUACUCGCAGCAGCUUGUCGAGUGGUUCCGCGGGCAGGCCGAAGAGGAGUUCGAGGCCACAGGAGAUACGAGUAAGCUCCUGCAGGCUAGAAGCAUGUCGCAGAUGGUGGCGACCCUUGAGUCUCGCCAGCAGCAGCGCGGGGGACGCAGGGCUAAUGGUACUGCUGCUGCUGCUGCUUCUGCUUCUUCACCUCGAGGGGCCGUCAGCAAUGGCACAUGGCGGGCAAGGAUGAGCUAG